AUGUCAACAACCAACGGCACGACGACCGAAAAGACGAUAUACUUGGGUGCAUUCGCCCAUUGUACCUCCCUGCAGGAAGUCGAGAUAUGUGAGGCCGGAGCCAUCGGAGUCGAUUCGAAUGGCAAGAUUGCAUUCAUCGAUAGAGACAUUGGAGACAUCCCAGCAUACGAAUUGCGAGAACGGAAGGAAGGUUGGGGGAAAGCAAAGGUGGUGCAAACACAAGACCAAGGCUUCUUCUUUCCAGGUUUCAUAGACACGCACAUCCAUGCCUCGCAAUAUCCAAACUCUGGCAUCUUUGGCAAAUCGACAUUACUGGAUUGGCUCAACACCUACACUUUCCCUCUGGAAUCAUCAUUUACUGAUCUGGAAAAGGCUCGUCGUAUCUAUGCUCGUGUCGUGAACCGCACACUAUCCCACGGCACCACAACAGCAUGCUAUUACGCAACCGUUCACGUCGAGGCCACAAACCUGCUCUCCGACAUCUGCUUUUCCAAAGGUCAACGUGCGUUUGUCGGCCGCGUCUGCAUGGAUCAGCUAAGUCCAGACUACUAUCGCGACCAGAGUGCCGAAUCCGCCAUCACAGCCACCGAAGCCUGUAUCGCCCAUGUUGCAAACAUUGAUCCUAAGCACAACUUGAUCACCCCAAUCAUUACUCCUCGCUUCGCACCCAGUUGUAGCGAAACCUGCCUCAGUGCUCUCGGCAAGCUCGCUCAUCGUACCGGUCUUCCAGUCCAAACUCACAUCUCCGAAAACAAAUCCGAGAUUGAGUUAGUAGCAGAACUUUUCCCCAACAACACUUCCUACACCGACGUCUACGAUAAAGCAGGUUUACUGGGCCCCAAAACCAUUCUCGCACAUGCAGUCCACCUGUCACCAGAGGAACGCAAAACGAUACGCUCGCGCGAUGCAAAAAUCAGCCACUGCCCAGCUUCAAACACGGCGUUGACUUCUGGCGCAGCUCCCGUGAGGACUCUACUCGACGAAGGCCUCACCGUCGGUCUAGGCACAGACGUCAGUGGAGGUUACAGUCCCAGUAUCCUCGAAGAAGCCCGUCAAGCCGUUCUGGUCAGCAGACACGUAGCCAUGGUGGAUGGCGAUGCUGCAAAGCUGAGCACAGAAGAAGCACUGUAUCUAGCCACUCGCGGCGGUGCAAAAGUCGUUGGUCUGGAGAAUCGUGUCGGUGGUUUCGAGGUGGGUAUGGAUUGGGAUGCACAAAUGAUUAGUCUGGAUGUCGUGAGUGAAGAUGGAGAGAUGGAUGAGGCAGACUCAAAAGGCCCUGUCGAUGUCUUCAUGUGGGAGAGCUGGCCGGACAGACUCAACAAAUGGUUCUAUGGCGGUGAUGACAGAAACACCGCCGCUGUGUGGAUCAAGGGUCGCUUGGUACACGCAACGCAGAAAUACAGAGGCUAG